AUGAGAAAAUCAGCUAAAAUGAUUUUAAAAAUUGUUAAUUGUAAAGAAACAUAUCAACUACAGCCUGGUGAUUAUAAAAAAUUAAUAAUAAAUAUUUAUGAACGUUAUAAAUAUGAAGUUGGUGGAGUUGUACUUGCAGCAACAUUUGUCAAUCAAAAAUUUGAAAUGUUGACAUUUGUACAUGGUAUAACUCAUACAGUAUCAAAAAAUGGAAUAAUAAGUAGCAUGGUAAAGAUUGAUAAUUUAGAAAAAAGAAUAAUACAAUACAAACAUCAAGGUUUUCGUAAUCCAUUUGUUAUAAUUAUCAUCAGAUCAACAAACGAUGUUACUAAAUUUAUAGAUAUAACAAAAAAUGGAAAAAUUAAAUAUCCAAUAUUAUUAGUAAUAUUCACCGGUGAUGACAGUGAUUAUUCAUGUGAUAUUUAUGAUGAUGAUAAAAUAUUAGCAUUACCACUUGUAAAUAUAACUAACGAAAAUAUCAUUUGGAACGAUACAUCUGUUGAUAAAAAAAAAAAUUUACAAGGAUUAAAUUUACGUGUUUCAGCUGUGAAGAAUGCCAAAUUUAUUAUUCAUGGUAGAUAUAAAUACUCGGGUUUUCUCGGUGAUGUUAUAACCGAGUUGAUAGAAUAUUUGAAGUUUAAAAUAUCUUCAUUUGCUGUUGAAGAUUAUUGUGGAAGUUGGGAUGAAGAUGAAUCCAUGUGGUCAGGUGUUGUUGGGAGUGUUGUUUCAGGUGAAAGUGAUUUAGGUAUUGCACUUGUGUCAAUGACAAUUCAACGUAUUGAUGUUGUUGAUUUUACUCUUCCAAUAAUAACAACAAGAUCUGGUAUGUACAUUGAAAAACCAGUAAUCGGAGAUACUAUUCAAUGGUUUGAAUAUUUUCGGAUAUUUGAUGAACAAGUUUGGAUAACUGUAAUUGGAAUUAUGCUGAUAACAUCGUUAUCAUUGACUAUAAUUAUUUAUCAACCUUGGCGUAAUACAUUUUGUUCAGUUUUUUUUGGUAAUUUACUUGAUAUUUGGGGUUUAUUUUGUCAACAAGGAUUAUCUGAUAUACCGAAGCAAUUUUCAAUUAGAAUAUCAUAUUUUUCAGUAUUUAUUACUGUCUCAAUUGUGUAUGCAACGUACUCUGGAUGUCUAACUAGUUUUUUUACAGCACCAACAAUUACCAUGCCAUUUAAUGACAUGAUUGAAUUUUCAAAACAAAAAGAAUAUGAAUUAAUUAUGUUAAAAGAAAGUGCCGACUACGAUGUGUUUUAUGAAUCACAAGAUUAUUUACCCAAUGAAGUGUUUGAUCUCAUACGAUCAAAAACCUUAUUACCCACAACUUUAGUUGAAGGAUUUCAAACAAUUUGCAAUGAAAAAGUUGCAUUUUAUACAACUGAAACUUAUAAUGAACCAAGAAGAAAUCAAAUACCAUGUGAAAUUGUUCAAAUAAAAACUGGAAGAAUUUUUAAUCUUGGAAUGAUUUUACCACGUGAUAGUCCAUAUACUGAAUUUUUCAAUAUUUUGUAUGUUAUAAAAACACCAAAAUAUCAACUCAAUAGUUUAUAA